CUCCCGCACAACCUACCAUGCUGACUAGCCAGUUAGCUGCGGACGAAGGUCCAGCUGAGAGGGAGUAACGACAGGGCAGCAGAGCAGAUGGGGGACAGGGUUCACAUUAAAAUGUGCUGGAGCCGGGCUCUUCUCACCGGCUGGGUUCUGCUGCUGGUGCAGCUUCAGUACCUACAGGCUGUUCCCAUCGGCAUCGACAAGACAAAAGUAACAGAGACAGAGAAGAAACCUGAUGAGCCACCAGCCAGUGUGGACACUGGACUUCACUAUGACCGCUAUCUCAGGGAAGUCAUUGAUUUUCUUGAGAAAGAUCAGCAUUUCAGAGAAAAGCUGCACAAUACGGACAUGGAAGACAUUAAGCAAGGCAAGCUGGCUCAAGAACUGGACUUUGUCAGCCAUCAUGUCAGAACAAAACUAGACGAAUUGAAAAGGCAGGAAGUAAACCGACUGCGGACUCUGAUUAAAGCCAAGCAUGAUCUGGAAGGAGGAAAUGAUAUAGCUGUGGACCACCAGGCUCUCCUAAAGCAGUUUGAGCACCUGAACCACAUGAACCCACACACCUUUGAAGUUGAGGAUCUAGAUCGGCUCAUUAAAUCGGCAACGAAUGAUCUGGAAAACUUCGACAAAGAGAGGCACGAGGAGUUCAAGAGGUAUGAGAUGAUGAAGGAGCACGACAGGCAGGAGCACCUGAAAACUCUGGAUGAGGAGCAGAGAAAGAAAGAGGAGGAGCACUACGAGGAGAUGAAGAAGAAGCAUGCGGAUCACCCUAAAGUCAACCACCCAGGCAGCCAAAAUCAACUAAAAGAGGUUUGGGAGGAAGGUGAUGGAUUAGACCCAGAGGACUUUGAUCCAAAGACCUUUUUCAACCUGCAUGAUACUAAUGGAGAUGGUUUCUUCGAUGAACAAGAGCUUGAAGCAUUGUUCACCAAGGAGCUGGAAAAAAUCUAUGACCCCACCAAUGAAGAGGAUGAUAUGGUGGAGAUGGAAGAGGAGAGGCUGCGGAUGAGAGAGCAUGUUAUGAACGAGGUGGAUUCCAACAAAGACAGGUUGGUGUCUUUAGAUGAGUUUCUGGUUGCUACAAAGAAAAAGGAAUUCCUGGAGCCAGAUAGCUGGGAGACUCUGGAGCAGAAUCAGGCCUAUACAGAUGAGGAGAUGAGAGAGUUCGAGGAGCAUCUGACUCAGCAAGAACAGGACCUCAGUCAGAGGACCGUUGAUCUUCAAAAGCAGAGAGAGGAGCUGGAGCGACAGCAGGAGCAGCUGAAUGCACAGAAAGUUGAACUCCAGCAGGCUGUUGAACAUAUGGAACGACUGAAGUCAGAUAAAGUAGAGCCUCCUCCAGAGGUUCACGGAAACGCCGUCCCUGAGGUCCACGCAGCUGACAACCAGCUGCAUCCUGAUCAAGAAGCCCACCCGCCAGGACAUCAGGAGAUACCCCAACACCAUCAGGAUACGCCACAAGAGCAUCACGAGCAACACAAUCCAGACUUACCUCAGCAAGGACAACCCCAGGCUCAUCAUGACGAACUGUCAAACCAGCAAGAUGUUGCACAAGGCCAGCAUAACCUGGCAUAACGACGUCAAAACAAAACAAAAAAAAAAUCAACACCGGACUUUCGCUGUACUUAAACUUGUACUUAGAGAGGGGCGAUGUCCCUCGAUCCUAAGACCACUUGUAACAGGUACAACCAGCAUUUAAGGUUUUUAAAUACAAAUCAAGAUUGGCACAUAUCAGAUCUGUUAUCCCCGAUACAACUUUUAUAGCGGUAAUCUUCAGAUUAUAUGAACAGAACUGAAAAUGACCCACCACUGACCUGUAUUGAUAAUUAUUUUAGAGAAGUGCAAAGAAAUGAGAAGAAUAUUUACCAUCCAUAUAGAGCAGUGUUAAGUCUCUUCUGUGGCUUUGGCAUGCAGAGUUUCUUGGAUUUGUGCAGUACGGUUUUAAAGAGCUUUAAGAUGUAAAAAUUCUUAGCUUCUCUCUGUUCUUGCAUUACCUUUUAAGCUACCCUCCCAACUUCUUUAGAUAAAGGAAACUUUUUAAAGAUUUUCUACAGGUAAGUGGGACCAGGAAAAUUCAAGAAAAACAAGAGAAAGUGCUGGAAUCUGAAUAUACUCGUUUCAAAAGUAAGUACGGUUUGAUGCAUCGAUUUGAUUUGUGACAGAUCCAUCUAAAAAAUAUAUAUUGCUGUGAUGGGAAGGUUGUCGUUAAAAGUUUACCUAAAAUCUACUGCCCUAAGCAAUGUCACAUAGUGCUGGUCAUCUUUCAAGUCACCCUGCAGCUGCUGCCUGAUUUUUUUUUUUUUGUAAUUUUUUUGUUCAGUGCUAGAAAU